AUGAAUUUUGUCUGGUUGAGUGUCCUGCUCUUACUUCUUCAGUCUCCAGAAUCCAACAGUCAGCGUUCGCACAGUUACUGGAUCCUCAAGCCCAACGUGCUAGUGGUUGAUAUCAACCUGAACAGCAGUGCACAGACUCUGAUCGAGUUAAAGUGCGGGGAUGCCUUUGAGGGCCAGGAGAUCUUCUGGAGGAACGAGGGUAGAGAGAUAAGUCAGCGUGGGAACCGGGUGCGGGUCAUCACUGAGGAGAUGAUCGGAGGGAACUACACGUGUCACGACCAAGCCGGGCAGCUCCUCAACCACACGCUGGUGCUGGUGCAGGUGGAGCGCUCGCAGCAGCGGAGGAGGAUCCUGGACGGCUACAUUCAGUGCACGUCGAAGAACUACAGUGGGACGUUUCACUGCUCGUGGAGGUGGAGCGAAAUGCGGAAAGGAUCCGUGGUCUCGAUCAGUGCCGUACGGUCUUCGAGUGUAAGUGACAUCCUAUGCUCCCUGGACAGUGACCAGUCUGGAGUCACAUGUCUGGAUGGCUUACAUUGCCCCUAUGCAGAAGAGGCGGAUUACAUCACCCUCACUGUGUACGUCAGAUACUGGUACCGCGUGGAAAAAUACUUCAGGCAGUUCUACAUCACUGAAAUAGUGAAGCCCGAUAGGAUCACGGUUGAAAAGACCAGUGAAAGCACAGUGAACUGGACCUACCCCAGAACAUGGAGUCUCCCCAGGUCUUAUUUCCCCCUCACGUUUCAAGUUAAAGUGGUUCCGCAGAAGAAGCACUGUAACUACGAAGCAGGACCAGGCGAAGUGCAGGUGAACCUUACAGAGGAACAAAGUUUCCCAGUUAAUGACAGAAGGAAAAAAAUCGCUUUCUGUAUCAGAGCCCAAGACACGUUUACAAAAUCUAGCUGGAGCGACUGGAGCAAGACCAAGAUGAAAAAAGCCGAAAUGAAGACUGUAAGGAGAGAGCGACUGAAGAAACCGAGGCAUAAGCAAUUAUGACAAAGCUGAUUUGGUUCCUUCGUGGUGUCAAGAAACAAUGGACCAAUUAAAUAUUUAAGCAAUAUAUAUAUAUAUAUAUUUUAAACGGUAUGCUAGGAGAGGUAAAGGAUUUCCACGUGGUAAUUUAAUAUUUAUACAUAUGUUGGUAUGCUGUUUGUGAAAUGAAGUCAUUGAAUUGCUGUGUGUUGUGCAGACUAAUAAAGAUUCUCCGUGUCGUUUUGCUCUGUGUGAAAUUAGCUUUAAUAACAGCCUGAGAGCAUUUAAUUCAAACUUUUGUGAGUUUAUUGUGUAGCCACU